ACGGGCAUGGCGGCUGUCGAGGAAGGAGGGGGGUGGGGAUCUGUGUGAGGAGAAGCGGCCAUGGCGGCGGAGGAUGGAGAGAGGGAACGGAGCGGCCUGAGGGGCAGAAUGGAGGACGGGAUCCUCAGCCGCUUCGUGCAGCUGCCGGGGAGGCCGCACACGGCGGGUCAGAGAUCUCCACCAGCAAGAAGCGGCCAUCGCUGCGUGGCAGACAAUGCCAACCUGUAUGUGUUUGGAGGCUACAAUCCUGACUACGAUGAGUCUGGUGGGCCAGAGAAUGAAGACUACCCACUCUUCAGGGAGCUCUGGCGGUACAACUUCGCUACAGACACGUGGCACCAAAUGGGCACCGAGGGCUACAUGCCCAGGGAGCUGGCCUCCAUGUCACUUGUAUUGCAUGGCAACAACCUGCUUGUGUUUGGAGGCACCGGAAUCCCAUUUGGGGAGAGUAAUGGCAACGAUGUCCACGUCUGCAAUGUCAAGUACAAAAGAUGGGCCCUGCUCAGCUGCAGAGGAAAGAAACCCAAUCGGAUCUAUGGGCAGGCCAUGGCCAUCAUCAAUGGGUCUCUAUAUGUGUUUGGUGGAACAACUGGUUACAUUUACAGCACCGACCUGCAUAAACUAGACCUCAACACCAGAGAGUGGAUCCAAUUGAAACCAAACAACAUGUCCUGCGACAUGCCAGAGGAGAGGUACAGGCAUGAAAUUGCACACGAUGGUCAAAGGAUUUAUAUCCUGGGAGGUGGAACUUCCUGGACAGCUUAUUCCUUAGAUAAGAUCCAUGCAUACAACCUUGAAACCAACACCUGGGAGGAAAUUGCCACAAAACCUCAUGAAAAAGUUGGUUUCCCAGCAGCUAGAAGAUGCCACAGCUGUGUUCAGAUCAAAAAUGAUGUGUUUGUUUGUGGAGGAUAUAAUGGAGAAGUAAUUCUAGGAGACGUUUGGAAGCUGAAUCUGCAGACUUUCCAGUGGGUCAAGCUCCCAGCUGCCAUGCCCGAACCAGUGUAUUUUCACUGUGCUGCUGUCACACCAGCUGGCUGUAUGUACGUUCACGGAGGAGUUGUCAACAUCCACGAAAACAAACGGACUGGCUCUCUGUUUAAAAUGUGGUUGGUGGUACCCAGCCUGCUGGAACUGUCGUGGGAGAAGCUCCUGGAGUAUUUCCCUCAUCUAGCAACCCUUUCCAGAUCUCAGCUUUUGCACCUUGGACUGACGCAGGGACUCGUUGAGAGGCUAAAAUGAGAACAGCUCCAGCUUCUGCCCCACACACAACACUACGUCCAGCAGCUCCCCCUUCCUUCCCUCCCUCCCCUAUUUAUGGAUACUGUGGUUGGUCUUGCUAAGAACACACGGAGGAACCUGCUCAACAACGCCUUACUCAGCAAGUGCAUCGAUGCCUUUCUAGAAGUUUCUAAUUUGUUGGAAAGCCACUUUUUAUUUAUGGAUCUCUGAGUUAACGCCAUGAAUGGAGAACGCUCUGGGACUAACCCAUCCCAUCCAUCUGCCAUCAGCACACGCUUGCAACUUAAUUGGGGAGGGGGGGAGGGAGGGAGGGCAGAGCUUAAUGAAUGUCUGAAAUCAUGCUUACAUGUGGUGCAUUCAACUGCAUACUUUCAUAAGCUGCAUCUAACAGAGGACAGUCAGUGUGUAAAAACAGCUGCUGGGGGUGAUGUUCAUCCCCCUGCUGCCCAGCCAUGCUCUCCCUUUAUAACAGCAAAGAACUCUUAAAGCUGGAGGGCUUUGCAUGUGGUAUAUGGGCUUCAGGUGAUGACUGCAGUGCUGGAGGAGGCAGUGAGCAAAGCUGAUCCUGCACAGCUCUUGGGGUGCAGGGAUUUGAAGUGGGCACAGCUGUGCUCUUCACCUUUUCAGAUGGAAAGGUUUGCUUAAAAGACUGCUUAAAAGCUGCCACUGAA